AUGCCUACCGCAAUUCCUCAACCGCGCACUCUCUACGACAAAGUGUUCCACGACCACAUCGUAAAUGAGCAGGAAGAUGGGACGAUAUUGCUUUACGUCGAUCGACAUCUUGUUCAUGAAGUGACGUCUCCGCAAGCUUUCGAGGGUCUUACAAAGGCAAAUCGCCGAGUUCGGAGACCAGACUGUACCCUCGCAACCACAGACCAUAAUGUGCCCACAGCAACUCGCAAAAACUUCAAGAGCAUUGAACAAUUCGUCGAAGAAACAGAUUCGCGCCUGCAGUGCAUGACCCUCGAGGAAAAUGUCAAGCAAUUUGGCCUAACUUACUUCGGCCUGGGUGACAAGAGGCAAGGGAUCGUGCAUAUUAUCGGCCCCGAACAAGGCUUUACUCUCCCAGGGACCACGGUUGUCUGCGGUGAUUCACACACCUCAACUCAUGGGGCGUUUGGGGCGCUUGCGUUCGGCAUUGGUACGAGCGAAGUGGAGCAUGUCCUCGCCACUCAGACUAUUUUGACAAAGCGAAGCAAGAAUAUGAGAAUCCAGGUAGACGGCGAGUUACCGCCAGGCGUCAGCAGCAAAGACAUCAUUCUGCAUGCCAUAGGUAUCAUUGGCACCGCAGGUGGUACGGGGGCAGUCGUUGAAUACUGUGGUUCAGCGAUUCGGGGAUUGAGCAUGGAGGCUAGAAUGUCAAUCUGUAACAUGUCUAUCGAGGCAGGAGCAAGAGCCGGCAUGAUCGCUCCAGAUGAGAUAACCUUCAACUACUUGAAAGGUCGGCCGCUUGCGCCCAAGUUGGACAGUCCCGAAUGGAAAAAGGCCGUGCAAUACUGGACCAGUCUCAAGUCUGACCCGGGAGCUAAGUACGAUCAUGAUGUCUUCAUCAGUGCGCAAGAUAUAGUGCCGACAGUGUCGUGGGGGACCUCGCCUCAGGACGUGGUCCCAAUCACCGGUGUAGUCCCUGAUCCCGAAACAUUUCCAACUGAUGCCAAAAAAGCAAGUGGUCGAAGAAUGUUAGAGUACAUGGGAUUGACGCCCGGUACACGCAUGCAAGACAUCGAGCUGGACAAAAUCUUCAUUGGGUCCUGUACGAAUGCAAGGAUAGAAGAUCUUCGAGCUGCCUCUCAAAUCGUGCUGGGAAAAAAGAUUUCCCCCAACCUGAAGCGAGCUAUGGUCGUUCCUGGCUCUGGUCUUGUCAAAAAGCAAGCUGAAUCCGAAGGUCUUGAUAGAAUCUUCACCGAUGCAGGCUUUGAAUGGCGUGAAGCAGGUUGCUCCAUGUGUCUGGGUAUGAACCCAGAUAUUCUUUCUCCACGGGAGAGAUGCGCAAGCACUUCCAAUCGCAAUUUCGAAGGUAGGCAAGGAGCAGGUGGGCGAACACAUCUGAUGUCCCCUGUAAUGGCUGCUGCUGCUGCGCUCGCUGGCAAGUUAGCAGAUGUUCGAGAGCUUGCAGGCACAAAUGCCACACCAGCAAAAGCAUCGCCUAAACUAGAUCUUACCCCUGAGGUAUCGGAUAUUGAGGAGGAUGUAGAUCUCGAAAACUUACUGGACUUGCCCAAUGGAAAUGAGGAUGGAAUUGCAGCUCCUCUGGAGAAAUCCAAUGUUGACACAGACGCCAUCAUACCCAAACAAUUCCUCAAGACCAUCAAGCGGACUGGGCUAGGCUCGGCUUUAUUCUACGAGCUUCGUUACAAAGAGGACGGUAAAACGGAAGACAGUGAUUUCGUUCUGAAUCAAGAACCGUUCAGAAAGGCCAAGAUCCUGGUCGUGACAGGUCCAAAUUUUGGCUGUGGCAGCUCUCGAGAACACGCGCCUUGGGCGCUCCUCGACUUUGGCAUCACUUGCAUCAUUGCUCCUUCUUACGCAGACAUUUUUUUCAACAACACCUUCAAAAACGGCAUGCUACCGCUUGUCAUUGAAGAUCAGGCUAAGAUUGAGGAGAUUACGGAAGAAGCAAAAGCAGGUCGCGAGAUCGAGGUUGACCUGGUCCACCAGCAGGUCAAAGAUGCCAAUGGCAACGUGUUAGCAGACUUUCCCGUUGAGAAAUUCCGUAAACAUUGUCUAGUCAAUGGGCUCGACGACAUCGGCCUGACGAUGCAGAUGAGUGACAAGAUUCAGAAAUUCGAACUGAAAAGGAGUGCAGAGACCCCGUGGCUUGAUGGUAGUGGCUACCUAAAGAGGGGUAAUCGGACAGGGCCAGUCAAGGUCGAGGCUGCUCCAGUGCCGAAGACCAAUCGUGGGGAGCAAGUUGACGAGCCUCUGGAAUGGUGA